AUGCCCAUCGAAUCUUCGCGAUCUUCAAGUGUGGCGCACCGUGACCUGAAACUGGAGAACUUUCUGCUGACCGAAGGAGACUUCGAAGAGGAGACGGUCCUGUUGAAGUUGGCAGACUUUGGUUUGGCUCAGUAUUGUAGUGCAGGGCUGCGCACCGCUGUGGGCUCCGUGGCAUAUGCGGCACCGGAGGUGGUCAGUGGGAACUACAGCAGCGCCUGCGAUCUUUGGAGUUGUGGCGUCAUCCUGUACCUGCUCUUGAGCGGCAAGCAACCCUUCUACGGCACCAACAACCGGGAGAUCUUCAAACAGGCGCGCACGGGCAAGUACUCCCUGGAGGAUGAAGUUUGGAAGAAGGUGAGCGCUGACGCCAAGGAGUUGCUAUCGAAGCUAUUGCAUUUGGACCCCACACAGCGCAUCAGUGCCAGCAAGGCACUACGAGAUAACUGGAUCACCAAGGAGGUUCCCUUGCGACGAACGUCUGGGACGACCUUGAACUUCAGAAUGGUGGAGGGGGAGACAGUCCUGCAGAACCUGCGCCACUUUGCGGGGCAGUCGCGCUUCAAGCGAACUGCGCUGGCAGUCAUCGCCUCUCAGAUGAGUCACGAGAAGAUCCAGAUGCUGCGGGAGGUCUUCAGCGAGAUCGACAGCGAUCAGGAUGGCAAAGUGACGAUGGAGGAGCUUUACGAAGCUCUGAAGGACCACUUGGACCAGGUACCCGAGGAUGCUCGAUCCCUAUUGGAUGCGAUAGACAUCACGGGCAAAGGCCAUGUGGUCUACUCCGAGUUUGUGGCUGCCGCCAUCGAUGCUCGCACUGACCUCUGCGAGGAGGUCUGUUGGAACGCUUUCAAACACUUCGAUCGCAACGACAACGGCUCCAUCUCCCACUCCGAGUUGGAAACGCUUCUGGAGCAGGAAGCCAUUCAGGAGAUCGAGUCAGCUCCGGGCGCGGCAAAAACCAUGAUUGGAGAGGCUGGUGGCAGCGUAAGGUGGACUUGGAUGGAAAUGGCAAAGUGGACUUCGACGAGUCCGGCGGUGGAGGAGGCGGAGGAGGUUGCUAAGAUGAAUGCCUUGGAACAUCGAAUCCAACCAGUGGAAGUUCAUUGGCAAUUUGCACUUGAAUACUUCGCCAGCACUGGUAGCUGCAUGGUGCCAACGAUGAAGGCUCAUCAGGUGUUUGCCAUGAAUCGAUGUCCCGAUGUCUUCAUCAGCGCGCCAACCAUGGCUCCUCAGGCCCCAAACCCUGAUGAGAUGGAAACGCAACAGCUUGUUGAUGACUUGGAAAAGCUCAUGAAUGAUGACCUUAUGUGUGACGAUGCUACCCCAGAGGUGGCUGUGGAUCCCAAGGUGGAUGGUUACCGUCGUCAAGCUGCCAAGGAGAUGCAUUGCAUGGAAGCUAUUCCACCGGAGAUGCCCGACAAGACCGACCUUGAAAUGACUGAGCUCAUGGAGAACCCCCCUGAUGCUUACCAGGCACAGCUGGUGGCCGAGAAGGCAAAGAAGAUUCAGCAUGCAGAGCAGCUCCUGAAGAAUGCACAGAGUGAUGGGAAGGUGAAGAACAAGUUCUCGAAACCCGGUCGGGGGCGUGGAAAGGGUCGUGGGAGAGGCCGUGCUGUUGACAAUUCCGUGGCUGAUCCCAAACCUUCUGAACCUGCUGGUGAGAGCAAUGGGAAUGAUCCAACCCCUGAACCAGAAGGGGGAGGUUCCGGCUCUGGUGAGCCUGCUGGUGGGGACCCCAACAUUGAAGUGGCACCUAAAAAGGGGCGCAACCAUCUUACUCAGAGUGAAUUGCAAAAGAUGUGGUCUGAGAAGGCUCCCUUGCUUCGAGCGGCAGCUAUUCCUGUGCCUGCUGACUUUGACCCUACCAGCAAGAAGUCCUUCACAUUGCCCCCUCCAGAUGAUAAGAAAUGCGGGUCCGUAGGCAUUCUGUGGACGUUGGAUCAGAUCUACGUCUCAGCUGUGACCAACAAGGAAGCUGAUGAGUCCAUCCGGGUGAACAAGAAAGGAGGGUCGACGUUGUCAAUUCGAAAGAAGGGCUGGGCUGAAAACUUUACCUUAGCCAAGAAACUGGCAGGUUGGUGAAUUUGCCAGAGAAUGCUGUCACACCCUAGGGGUCCUCCACAUG